CAGGCUUCUGAACGAAAAUCACACACAGAAUCUUCAGUGCAAGAGUUUGUGCAAGCUCAAGAGGAAAAUGAAGUCUGCUGCAGUUUUUGUUGCAGUUGCAUGUCUACUCCUUGCAUAUGUACAAGGACAACCAAGGAUCAAUUCAAGGAGGUGUUUGUGUCAGGGUCCUGUGGUUAACGCAGUUCGUCUACACCGAAUUGAUAAGAUUGAAUUGUAUCCUGCAAGUGCAACUUGUCCGAAUGUGGAAAUUGUUGUCACUCUGAAGAACGGUGCAGGACAAAAAUGUCUGAACCCAGAUUCUGAAUUUACUCAGAACUACAUCAAGAGAGCCAUUAAAAAAAGGAAUGCAGAAUAAAGCAAGUGCUGUGAUGCUACUGAACUGAUGUGAAACAAUCCUGUUUGCAUGUCAACAUUUUCAAUUCCUGAACUGAUAAAGCUUGUCUUAACUAA